GGGGAGGUACCCGUGAUGAUUUCAUCAUUGCCGAUGAGGCCACCCUCCCUUCCCCCUGCAGCUGCAGUGCCUGCCUUUCUAGGUACUUGCUAGGAGAGCCCCCAGUCUCAGCUAAGCAGCAACUGUCACGUUGCUGUGUUUACGCCUUAUCCCAGCCUAAUGCCUUGUUCCAGUGAGGAGGAGGAGGACAAGCUCACCCUGAGCGGGACUGCACGACUGGGAGAUGCCUGCGAGCACUUACUGUCUAUCUACUGGAACUCUCUAGUUACAUCCUCAAGCCUCUCUUUGCCCAUAUGUUGCCCGUCCUUCCUGCACCUCUAAUGAGGUGAAUCUGCACUGCACAGCCACCAGCAUUCUCUUCUCUGAGCAGGAGGCCCAUCCUGGCCAUAAUGGAGACGCAGUCGCUGGAACAGCAGAUUCAAAGCAUGGAGCGCAACAUUGCAUUCCUGAAAAAGGACCAGCUGGAAUUACUGCAUGAUCUGCACCAGGAGAUUCUCGGACUACAGAAACGUUGCACGGAACUGACCAUGGAGCUGGAAUCAAAACAAGUAGAGCUUUCACAGCAAGAUCAGAUUGAGCAAGAGAUGGAAGAAAAAUGUCGGAUGCUAGAGACGAGCAACCGUGAAAAGGAGCAAAUGAACUCCAGUCUCAAAAAGGAGCUCUAUCAUCGUGAGAAUAGGGUAGCUGCUCUGAGAUCCAGGUUAAGAGAUAAAGAGAGGAGGUUCUUAGAAGAGGUGAAGAGAAGGAGUCACCGAGUGACCAUUCUGAACACUGAGCUCCAAAAGCAGACCGAAGCUGCAGCCUAUCUCUCUUUCCAGCUGCACACCGCACAACAGAGACUUCACAGUGCCCAUCAGAGCUGCCAAGCUACGUUUGCCUCCCCUCCUAUUACUGUGCCCAGGCAGUCAAAUCUCGAAGGAAAAGUCAAAAAUAGAACCUAUAAAAACAGUAAUGCUUGGAAGCAGGAUUUGGUGGAUCUGCCAUGUACAUCUAUGUCAAGUGAUUCUUUUCUCCGAGAACAAAUGUGCAACCUUGAUGAUAUUGAACCUAUGCCGGACCCUGCACUCUUCUUAUACCCAAAGAGGUUUACACAUACGUCACGACAGAGACCAGAAGCCAAAUCCCAUAAAACGACUACUUCAGGUCAUAACUGUGCUGACAGAAGACUUGCAACACAAUGGCCGGAAAGCCUAUCAAUACAAGAUAAUGACACGCCUUCCACCAAUCCGGUUGUCAAAGCAAAGCUCCCAAAAAAUGAUAGAGGCAAACGGCGUGCUGUGACCCGGCAAGAAUCAAGAGAUUCCGAAUAACACGUCAGAAACCAUUACAGUGUUUAUACUGAUGAAGUUUGCACUGGGAAAAAAACCCUUGGACAGCAAAAUAUGGUAGAACAGAUCAUAAGACUAAGCCAUGUGAUUCCAGGUGUCCAUGGAUUGUGAUAGGCUAUUUUUAUUAUUGUCUUCCUCAAUUUCUUACCAGAUGUCCAUGGGGAGAAUAUUAAAGCCACCAACCAGUAGCAGAAAGCAGUUCUGAUAUUAUUAGAAUCAUACUGAACUUCUGCUAAAGUUAUAUUUUUAUAUCUACUCGCUUCUGGUGAGAGUUGCUUAUCCUCAUGCAUGAAAUGAGGACAAUGUUUUGUUCUAGUUGAUCUCCCAGAUCAAAUGUUAUAUGCUCAUUUGUAGAUCAUGCAGGCAUAACAAGAAACUUGACACUAACCUAUGCAGAUCCCCCCUUCUACCGCCUUCACUAUACAUGGAUUAUACCAUUGGGCAACACAUGUUGUACACAAUGGAGCAAUUACUGGAUGCUUGAGAUCCUUUAGCUGCUUAAAAUCCAUGAGUUAUAGGAUUAAUUAUAGUGUAAGUUAUACUUUCAGAAUAAGCUGAAAUUGUUGGCGAUGUUUUGCAGCAUUCUUUUGCAUUGAACAGAUUGCUGGAGAGAUCUGUUGAUUUUUAAUUGAACAAUAGAAAGCUAAAAUGUGUAAUGUACAAGCUGUGUGGUGCGAGAAUUGGUGGAAAUAGGUGAAUGGAUGUUCAGAUUUUUUUUACAGUACAGAAAGAGGUUUUAUUUAUUUUUACAUGCUACAACAGUGAGAAUAUAUAUAUUCAAGUUUUUGGACAAUUACUAAAUAAUGAGCUGGAUUCUCAGUUGUUAUAUCUCUGUUAUUUUAAUGAGAGAUGUUUCAGUGUAUACCAAAGUACCAAAUAAGGAAAAAUGUCCUUGUCAUUUACAGGUUGAAAAGCUUCUUUUUAAGCAUUAACUUCUGUAAUCAAAGUGGGCCAACAAACAGACCAUGGAUUGGCUACAUAACGGCAUCAUGAUGUGUUGACUCACUAUUAUACUAUUUCAUUUUCACCCAUAAUUGCUGAGUUUUACCCUUAAAUCAUUCACCAAGGACCUCCAUCCUGACAUUGUCCUUCAAAUUCAUUUAGUAAUGUUCUACCUCUUUUCUUCUACCACUUUUGUAACCAUAUUCUAUGCCUAGGUAUUUACUAGUUGUCAUUAUACCUGUAGCUGGUGCCAUUGUUUGAGUUGGCAACAUAGAACUGCCUAGACACUGAUACCACAUGAAUGAUCCACUUUAAUGUCCCAUCCCUGUUUAAAGGAAAACUAUACCUCCCAAACAAUGUAGGUCUCUAUUAAAAGAUACUGAGUAAAACAGCUCAUGUG